AUGUCCACGGGAAAACAUGGAAACUUUUAUAUUGCGACACAGCGGCUCGACACACCAUCUCAUCCAACAAAGAAGAGAGUUUCUGCCAUUGGAGGAGCAAAACAGCCCAGCAUCAUGAGAUUUACCAGGAGCUAUUUUACAGACAACCAGGAUUCCUUGGCAGCCAAUGCCAAAAAGGGACAUGAAGAAGGAGCAUCUACGCCUUUACAGAAUGAAAAGCUGGAGAAGCUAAUAACGUCCUUUGGCAAGAAUUUCGAGUUUAAUCGCGUGAUGUUUAACGAUGACAAUGUGCUGAAUACACUCAUGGUUAAGCUGAGAUCUUUGAGUAUCGAUAUUAAAUGGGAUCUCACAAUGGAGAAUUUUACAGCUGCCUGCAAGUACGAGGUCCCGUUGCCAUCUGGCAAGGUACUAUCUGGAGUAACUUAUGCGCCAAAUAAAAAAACCGCAAAGAAAUAUGCGGCUCGCAUAAUUGUUGCAGAACUGAAUCCUCCAACACCAGAGGAAAUCUCAGCCAUCACAAAAUGGAUCGUUUCUAUUCACAAAAACCUCUCAGGACUGAAACAGAUAGACAUUAAGAAGUCAUAUAAUGGGAGUGAACAUGUUUGUAAAUUGGUCUGGGAAAAAGAUGGUAGUUUUUAUAAUGCCCAGGGGUCUGGAACGACCGAAAAAGAGGCUGAACUCUAUGCAAGUCAGGCCAUGCUACUCGAAACCUACAACUUGAAGAAUCUUGAACCGAAUAAGCAUGAACAAACACCAUCGCAAAUGCAGAUUGAUACAACAAAUGAAUUGAGCAAAAGUGAUGUUGGAAAAAUAAAUGAACUACGGUAUUCAAUAGGUUCUAGAUUAAAAAUAGAUCAAAAAGAAAAAAUAACUGUAUCAGGGAAAAUUUUUGAUGCUACUUUAACUUGGUCAUGGACAGGCGAUGAUGGAAAGCCCAUUACCAAGGUUGCAUAUGGACAAGGGCUCAGCAAAGCUGUUGCUAGAGCGAAUGCUGGCAAAAAUAUGCUUGUUGAAGUUGGUAUUAUUGAAAAUGUUACACCAAAAGAAACAAAAGUGGCUACAGAAAUUAGAGAUAUGAUAAAACGCAACAUUAAAAAGGCUGUGGAAAUGGCAUCUGAGCUAAUUGAGAAUUCAAAUUCUAGUGCAUGGAGGUUGUUUUUUCCACCACUCUGGGAGGAUAUUAUGAAGAGACAAGACAAGACGUUGAUUACUCCUUUAAUUAAUGCAUUGAAGUCUGGAUCUUGUAACGAUUCUGAGCUUAAACAGAUUGAAGGUGUAAUUCCAACUGAUAUUUGGACAACUAUGCUCUCCAAAGCGAUAAUGCUCACAGAUGAUGAUUUCGUCAAACAUCUAUUUGAUUCCAUAAAGACUUUAAAACUAGAUCCUCGGUAUUUUUAUUCCUUAGACGCUAGAGAAUAUUAUCAGCGCUUUAGUUUAAUGAUAACAAUGGAAUUGAACGCAAUCGUAUCUAGUACAUUACUGAUGAAAAAAAACUACUACCAAUAUUCUAAUAAAAUCCUAAAUUUACGUAAAACGAGGAUAGUAUUGCCACAUUUGGCAUUUAAUGGUCCUAUUACACCGGAUUAUUUUGCAUCCGAUCCACUUAGAGAGGGAAACAUAGUGGUUGUAAUUCCAUUGGAUGGUAACAUAAUAACAGGCAAAUCAUGGGAACAGGGUUUCUUUGCAACGGUAACAAAGGCCAAAGUAGAAAAUAGGUCUAUUGACUUGAAGAUGAAAUUUGUUAAUAAGUUGAUAUAUUCUGAUGGUGAUGAGUGCUUUAGCAGCGAAAAUUAUGGAGUAGUGGACAUAACUCAAACGAUAUCUUAUAAUCGCAUGAUGGGUGCUCUCUUGUCUUUAUCCCACUCUAUAAUUCCGAUUACCUCUACACGAGCGUAUACUUAUACCUACGAGAUUCGUGACAUUUUAUUACACAAGGCAAGCUAUCGAACAUUUGAAGAUACUAAAUUAUAUUCUCUACCAACACCUCUUUCUUUGACGCCAUCUCAAACCGAAGCUUGUCUUUCUGCAGUUAAUAAUAAUAUAACUCUUAUUCAAGGUCCUCCAGGAACUGGUAAAACACAUGUAGCAUGUGCCAUUAUCGAUUCUUGGAGAAGAUUACAUCCACAAGAACGUAUUUUGGCGGUAUCAGAUUCAAAUGUCGCAGCUGAUACUCUUAUUGAAGCUCUUUCAGCCUGUGGUAUUCCCGCAUUGCGUAUUGGAUCAGGUUCUGAGUAUGAUCUUCAGGAGGAAGGUAUAAAGGAUUUAUCACGAUACCAAGCAUAUCUAUAUCUUAAAAGCAAACAUAAAUACAAGGAAGCGAAUUCGCUGAGAACUGUUUUGUUUAUGGAAGCUAUUAAGAACAACAAGAUAAUCAUUGCAACGUGUAUAGGAUCUGGAAGUGAUCUAUUGGAUAACCUCCAAUUUUCAUUUGUAAUUGUGGAUGAAUGCGCACAGUCUAUAGAACCUGCGAACUUGGUUUCGAUUGGCAGGGGAUGUAAAUCCCUCGUUUUAAUUGGUGAUCAUAAACAACUUCGACCUACAAUCAUUUCAAAUACGGUCGCUAGAUCUGGUCUAAGCAAAUCUCUUUUGGAGCGUUUGGUUGAUGAGAAUGUGGUACCUAUUUGUCUUUUAAAUUCACAACGACGCAUGCAUCCAACAAUUGCUGAAUUCUCCAACCUUCAUUUUUACAAUGGUAUGCUUCAAAAUGAAGACGUGGAUGAUAUCAACCGCCCACAAAUAGCUGGAUUUAAGUGGCCUGUUGCUGGAUACAAUUUGUGUUUUGUGGAUAUAAGUACGGGUACUCCAUACAACAAUUUUGAAACACCGUAUGGGACAUCUAAAUACAACCAAGUUGAGGUAAAUUGUGUAAUCUCCAUAUUGAGGUCAUUUUUGGCUGCUGGAGACAUAGAAGAGAGACAAAUUGGAAUACUUACGCCAUACGAUGCCCAGAAAAAUGUUCUGCAGAAUCAAGUUAAUCUCAUUCAGGGUAUAAAUGCCAAAGCUAUCAGCAUUGACAGCGUGGAUGGGUUUCAGGGAAAGGAAAAGGACCUUAUUAUCUUUAGCGCAGUGCGAUCAAACUUGAACAAGGACAUUGGAUUCCUCAGAGACCCAAGACGCAUGAACGUUAUGCUUACCAGGGCUAGACGAGGUCUAAUUAUAAUCGGGGACCUAUUUACACUCUCGAAUGAUUUUGAGAACUGGAGACAGUUUCUCAACUGGAUAUACUCAAGGCAACUAAAUAUUCACAUUUCGCAACUGGGAAAUCACCUGGACCCCGCCUUCUCUGUACCGGUAACACACUCGGAGGCGCACCAGCUACAAGCUACAAACUAUAUGGAGUAG